CCCCGACGGGGCCCUGAUUGGCGCCGGGCUCCCCCCGCGCCCCGUCCCGCUGCCGCCGCCAUGAACCCGCUCUUCGGCCCCAACCUCUUCCUCCUGCCGCAGGAGCAGCAGGGGCUGCCGGGCCCCGAGCUGCCGCCGCCGGCCCCGCGUCCCGCCGAGCCCCUGGGCGCGGGGCCCGAGCUGGCCGCCCCGCCGCCCGCCGCUCCCUUCCCCGCGCCGCCCGCCGCCAUGGCCCUCCGCAACGACUUGGGCUCCAACAUCAGCGUCCUGAAGACGCUCAACCUGCGGUUCCGCUGCUUCCUGGCCAAGGUCCAUGAGCUGGAGCGGCGCAACCGGCAGCUGGAGAAGCAGCUGCAGCAGGCACUGGAGGAGGGCGGCGGCGCGGGAGGGGGCCGGGGCCGCGGGCCCCCGCGCCGCGACCAGGCGGUGCAGACCGGCUUCGUGGGCCCCAUCCGAUCCCUGGGGCUGGGGUUGGGGCUGGGGCUGGGGCCGGGGCUGGGGCCGGCCCGGGCGCUGGGAUCCCCCGGCUGCCGCCCCGGCGCCCCCGGCCAGGCGCCUCCCUCCUUCCCCACCGCCUCCCGCUUCAUGCCCGGCACCAUCUGGUCCUUCUCGCAAGCCCGGCGGCUGGGCCUGGGGCCGGAGACUACCCUGGUGCAGGGGCCGGGGGUCUCCUGGGUCCACCCCGACGGGGUGGGCGUGCAGAUCGACACCAUCACCCCGGAGAUCCGGGCCCUCUACAACGUGCUGGCCAAGGUGAAGAGGGAGCGCGACGAGUACAAGCGCAGAUGGGAAGAGGAGUACACAGUGCGUGUCCAGCUUCAGGACCGGGUGACUGAACUGCAGGAGGAAGCCCAGGAGGCUGAAGCCUGUCAGGAGGAGCUGGCCAUGAAGGUGGAACAGCUGAAGGCAGAGCUUGUUGUCUUCAAAGGACUGAUGAGCAAUAACAUCACGGAGCUGGACACCAAGAUCCAGGAGAAGGCCAUGAAAGUGGACAUGGACAUCUGCCGACGCAUCGACAUCACUGCCAAGCUGUGCGACGUGGCACAGCAGCGGAACUGCGAGGACAUGAUCAAGAUGUUCCAGUCUCUGCACUUGUCUCCCGUUAAGGUCCCAGCCUCGGUGGGGCGGAAGCGGGAGCGCAAGCAGGUCAGCGAUGAAGACACCUCGCUGUCGGAGAGCGAUGCCUCCCGAAAACCUGAAGAGGAAGAGGAGGAUGAGACCACGGCCAUGAGUAUCAAUGAGGAAAUGCAGAGGAUGCUGAACCAGCUGAGGGAGUAUGACUUUGAGGAUGACUGUGACAGCCUCACCUGGGAGGAGACAGAAGAAACACUGCUCCUCUGGGAGGACUUCUCUGGAUACGCCAUUGCAGCUGCAGAGGCACAGGGGGAGCAGCAAGACGACAGCCUGGAGAAGGUGAUCAAGGACACGGAGUCUCUGUUCAAGAGCCGUGAGAAGGAGUACCAGGAAACCAUCGACCAAAUAGAGCUGGAGCUGGCUACAGCCAAGAAUGACAUGAAUCGACACCUGCACGAGUACAUGGAAAUGUGCAGCAUGAAGCGAGGCCUGGACGUGCAGAUGGAGACUUGCAGGAGGCUCAUCACUCAGUCUGGGGACAGAAAAUCCCCUGCCUUCACCCCAGCCUCCAACAGCGAGUCAGCCCCGAAUGAGGAGAGCGAGGAGUCCGACCGCGACCCUCCCAGCGAUGCUUCCAUCAGAUAAUGAGGGGAGGCCUCACUCCCACGGACCCCCUUCCUGGCACGGGGGUGCCUGAGCUGUGCCUGGGAGAGACUGUCAGGAAUGUGGAGCCACUGGUAAACGCCUGUUGCCCAGGCUUACUCCCGUUUUGGGGUGCUUGGCAGAUCCCACACCUGCCCCGGAUAUCUUGCAAGUGGGAAUAGCUAGAUAGACCUGAGGGCCCUGGCCUGGGCCGCUCAGCCUCCGGCCCCUUCUCUAUUCCCUUCCCCUGCUUUGGUUAAACCGCGGCUUGGGCGGGGAGGCUCCAAACCUGCCAUGGCAGCGUUCUCCAGGACCUGUCUCUAGGCCCACCUCCUCCCACCUCCGUCCUGGUACGCUUGACCUGCCCCCUGCCCUUCCUGUGCCACGUGGAGCCGAACAAGAGCUGUACCUCCCUGAAAACUGGACCUGACACUGGUGCCGACUGGACCGAGCCCCUGGCUCUCUGUCCUUGCUGCUGGCCUGUCGCCUGGCUGGUCACUGUGCGGUGCUGUGCUGCACCGAGCACCCUUAGCCCCCCGGCCUUCCCCUGGGGAGAUGGGGACCGAGUCCCGCUCACUGUGCACUUUGCUUUGCUGCACAUCAGCGGUGUGCUCACAUCUGUGUUACGGGGGCAACGGGUCAUUAAAUGGGACAGUUUCCUUUUCUACA